ACUGUGUAGGUAUCGCGUAAUUUGUGUCUACUGCGGUAAUGGUUUCCUCUUAGUUUCCGCAGUUUUUGGGACGACGUCAAGUGAUUGUUGUGAUUCCUGACUCUUUGUUGUGCGUAUUCGAAUAUUGGUGACUGCAAAAAAGGAGCGGAAGCGAAGUUCAUUUUUUAGGUUGGGUCGGGAAGUGUCAAAGAUUUGGGUGGCGGGAAAGUUGCGAGUGUUUGGCGAAGAGGGCGCGCGCGCGCGGCCAUUGGCGGAACUAACAGCGGCUGUGCCCACGUGAGCGGCGAUCGACCAAUCAGCGUGUGUGCUUUGUACCCGCCGCCAAAGCCAGUCUGAUCGUAUGUUGCACGGGGAAGCCCGUCUUUGGAGAACUGUGUAGGAAUAGGGAAGAAGCGGAAUCGCCGGAUAUUCGCAGGGACUGACUGGUCAGGGUUCCUGGAAAGUGGGCGCACGUUCUACGCGAAAAUGUGGUGACCCGGGUCGACGGUAAUCGUCUGUGAAAUGUCGGCCGUCCGUCGUCGCCAUUUUGGUCAUACAGCCGUAUAGCGAGAUUUUUUCGCGGUCCACGGGACGGCGGAUCGCACGAGAGCCGCCCCCCUUGACUGCAGUUACGCACCGGGUCUGUCCGGAUCUGUCUGAAAGUCCACGACCUGCGGGUCAAGAUGGCCCAGCCUAACAACACGUUCAUCCUGCACGACGCCAACGGACAGAUGAUCAAGGUGGUCCAGUCCGCUGGUAAAUCCAUCAGUGGUCUUAUGUCCGGGAUCUCCGGGUCUCCGAUGAAGAUCUACAAAUCCACCGCUACCGGUGUACAGGAUGCGACCCAGACGUUCACAGCAUCGACGAUAACUCCAGGACAAAUAAUCAAGACCACAAAGUUUGUGCCCAAAACUGUACCGAUUCGAGGUACUGUAACCACUGAUGGUCAAAUUAUCAAGAAGAAAAUACGUUUAACCUCACAACAAGUGCAAAAUUUGAAGUUCAUAAAUACCCCGCAAAAGAUCCAGAUCCAGGCUCCCCAAACGAUUAGCAUAAAGCAGGAGACGAUGCCUCUGACGAUGACCAGUCCCUCGUCUCUCAACAGUUAUCACACGACGCCGUCGAUCCUGGACACGAAGCCCCGCAGACGGUUGGCAACCGAAGAUCUGGACUUUACGCCGGAGACAAAACGGAGGAAAACGUCGGGAAAAGUGAGCAAAGGGCUCCGACACUUCAGCAUGAAGGUGUGCGAGAAGGUGCGCAAGAAGGGCUCCACCUCUUAUAACGAGGUGGCCGACGAACUCGUCGCCGAGUUUACAAACUCUGCGAACGACAGCCUGACGGAGCAGUACGACCAGAAAAACAUCCGACGGAGAGUCUACGAUGCGCUCAACGUCCUCAUGGCCAUGAACAUCAUCUCCAAGAAGAAGAAGGACAUCCACUGGAUCGGUCUGCCAUCCAAUUCGGUGCAGGAGUGUAUACAGCUGGAGAAGGAGAAGCAGAAGAAGUUGCAGAGCAUCAAGGAGAAGCAGAAGAACCUGGAUGAACUGAUCAUGAACCUCAUAUCGUUCAAGAAUCUGGCGCAGCGCAACAAUGACCAGGAGAACUUCCAGGGUCGCCCAGCGAGCAACUCCUGCAUCCAGAUGCCUUUCAUAGUCGUCAGCACCAACAAGAACACUGUCAUCGAUUGCAGCAUCUCCCACGACAAAAUGGAAUACCUGUUCCAUUUCAACGACAAAUUCGAGAUUCAUGACGACCAGGAGGUCCUGAAGCAAAUCGGCAUGCUGAAAGGUCUAGACGAAGGGAAGUGCAGCGAAGAGGAUCUAGAGAAAUUUAAGAAUCUAGUGCCGCAGUCCCUCCAAGAUUACGUGAAUCAAAUCGCAGAGCAGAACAACGGGAACGAUAUCAAGGGCGAUAGGGAGGCGGGGCCGAGCAAUUCCUUCAGUGAUGACCUAUUGGAAACCACGCUGGACGAGGACAAUUCCCGCCAAUCCUCUUCGUGUGAUCCCCUCUCCCCGAACGCCGGCGACUUCUCCGACGACGAUUCGGAAAGUUCCUCCGAUGACUACCCCCAGCAGUGAAAGUUUUAUUUUAUAUAUAGAUAUAUAACACAAACACACAUACCCAUAUAUAUAUAUAUAAAAAAAAAAGCGCGCGCGACGAAAAGAAGAUAAGUGAAAACAGUGUAUAAGUAGUUACUUUUUUUCUUCUCUUCGUAUAUUGCAUAUUGCUAUUAUCUUCUUUCAUUUUCGAAUUGUUUUCUCUUUUUUUAAUUAUUGUUGUUUUCAUCGUGAAUUUUUGCGAAAAGUUGUUUCUGUUUGGUCGGUAAGUUGUAGCCAUGGGAGAAAGUGUAGGAAAGAGAGAAAUAGGUUGCAAAACAAAUUAUGUACAAAAGUGUUUCUCCCUUUCCAAAAU